UAGAAUAAGUCAAAUGUCUUAAGCUUGCAUUAUUAGUAGACAUCUAAACUGUUGUUCUGUUGUUCAUCAUGUUCAGUGGCAAAGUGUUUUUGAUUCAUUGUAAAGAUGUACUGUCAUAUAGGGUAGAACUGAUGUAAAGGAUGGCAUGGUGUGGGUUUCUCUUUUUGACCAAUAUUUUGAUAUUUAUUCCAAGGCAGUUAGAUGUACCGUAUAUCUUUUGAUGAUGACGGCAUGGAAAGGAUUUAUAGGCUUUUUAUGAGAUUUGAAGAAUAAAACAGAGGGUCUCUAACUUAACUAGCUAAAGCCACAUUUAUGUCUUUCCAUGAAGUAGAAGGCAAUGUGCAUCUGUUUAAAUCAUUCAUAUGCUUUUGCGAUACAUUAUUUAUAUGACAUUGAUUUCUUUCAAGAUUUUCGAAGAGUGAUUUUUCUCAAUAUUUUCUGUUUGCAUACUUUAAUUGAAUACCAGUGAUUGGAAACAAAUUGUUUUUCAUUUGAGGAUUUUUAGCAUAAGCCAUGUGUGGCAAGAUCUGUGUGUAAGAACUCAAUGUGUCCAUCUGUUUUAAGAUCAGUCUGUAACGUUUAGAGAACUGGAUGUAGAGAUUUUGUAGCACAAGUCACUCGCUGUGGUUAUUCAGUGGUCAGAUCCCAAGCACCCCCAGCUUGUCAUGGGGACUACAUCAGGGACUGGGUGGCCAGAGCAGGUCCCUACUACCCCCAACUUGUCAUGGGGACUACAUCAGAGACUGGGUGGCCAGAGCAGGUCCCAACUACCCCCAGCUUGUCAUGGUGUCUACAUGAGGGAGUGGGUGGCCAGAGCAGGUCCUAUGUACUUCCCACUUGUCAUGGGGACUACAUCAGGGACUGGGUGGCCAGAGCAGGUCCCAUGUACUUCUCACUUGUCAUGGGGACUACAUCAGGGACUGGGUGGCCAGAGCAGAUCCAAACUACCCCCAGCUUGUCAUGGUGUCUACAUGAGGGAGUGGGUGGCCAGAGCAGGUCCCAUAUACUUCCCACUUGUCAUGAGGACUGCAUCAGGGACUGGGUGGCCAGAGCAGAUCCCAACUAUCCCCAACUUGUCAUGGUGACUGCAUCAGGGACUGGGUGGCCAGAGCAGAUCCCAACUAUCCCCAACUUGUCAUGGUGACUACAUGAGGGAGUGGGUGGCCAGAGCAGGUCCCAUGUACUUCCCACUUAUCAUGGUGACUACAUCAGAGACUGGGUGGCCAGAGCAGAUCCAAACUACCCCCAGCUUGUCAUGGUGUCUACAUGAGGGUGUGGGUGGCCAGAGGAGGUCCCAUGUACUUCCCACUUGUCAUGGGGACUACAUCAGAGACUGGGUGGCCAGAGCAGGUCCCAUGUACUUCCCACUUGUCAUGGUGACUACAUCAGAGACUGGGUGGCCAGAGCAGGCCCUACGUACUUCCCACUUGUCAUGGUGACUACAUCAGGGACUGGGUGGCCAGAGCAGGUCCCAUGUACUUCCCACUUGUCAUGGGGACUACAUCAGAGACCGGGUUUGCCAGAGCAGAUCCAAACUACCCCCAGCUUGUCAUGGUGUCUACAUGAGGGAGUGGGUGGCCAGAGCAGGUCCCAACUACCCCCGGCUUGCCAUGGUGACUACAUCAGAGACUGGGUGGCCAGAGCAGGUCCCAUGUACUUCCCACUUGUCAUGGUGACUACAUCAGGGACUGGGUGGCCAGAGCAGGUCCCUACUACCCCCAACUUGACAUGGGGACUACAUCAGAGACUGGGUGGCCAGAGCAGAUCCCACAUACUUCCCACUUGUCAUGGUGACUACAUCAGGGACUGGGUGGCCAGAGCAGGUCCCUACUACCCCCAACUUGUCAUGGGGACUACAUCAGGGACUGGGUGGCCAGAGCAGAUCCCAACUACCCCCAGCUUGCCAUGGUGUCUACAUGAGGGAGUGGGUGGGCAGAGCAGGUCCCAUGUACUUCCCACUUGUCAUGAGACUGCAUCAGGGACUGGGUGGCCAGAGCAGGUCCCAACUACCCCCAACUUGUCAUGGUGACUACAUCAGAGACUGGGUGGCCAGAGGAGGUCCCAUGUACUUCCCACUUAUCAUGGUGACUACAUCAGAGACUGGGUGGCCAGAGCAGAUCCAAACUACCCCCAGCUUGUCAUGGUGUCUACAUGAGGGAGUGGGUGGCCAGAGGAGGUCCCAUGUACUUCCCACUUGUCAUGGGGACUACAUCAGGGACUGGGUGGCCAGAGCAGAUCCAAACUACCCCCAGCUUGUCAUGGUGUCUACAUGAGGGAGUGGGUGGCCAGAGCAGGUCCCAUGUACUUCCCACUUGUCAUGGGGACUACAUCAGAGACUGGGUGGCCAGAGCAGGUCCCAUGCACUUCCCACUUGCCAAGGUGACUACAUCAGAGACUGGGUGGCCAGAGCAGAUCCCAACUACCCCCAGCUUGUCAUGGUGUCUACAUGAGGGAGUGGGUGGCCAGAGCAGGUCCCAUGUACUUCCCACUUUUCAUGGGGACUACAUCAGAGACUGGGUGGCCAGAGCAGAUCCAAACUACCCCCAGCUUGUCAUGGUGUCUACAUGAGGGAGUGGGUGGCCAGAGGAAGUCCCAUGUACUUCCCACUUGUCAUGGUGACUACAUCAGAGACUGGGUGGCCAGAGCAGGCCCCAUGUACUUCCCACUUGUCAUGGUGACUACAUCAGGGACUGGGUGGCCAGAGCAGGUCCCAACUACCACCGGCUUGUCAUGGUGACUACAUCAGAGACUGGGUGGCCAGAGCAGGUCCCAUGUACUUCCCACUUGUCAUGGGGACUACAUCAGGGACUGGGUGGCCAGAGGAGGUCCCACAUACUUCCCACAUGUCAUGGUGACUACAUCAGGGACUGGGUGGCCAGAGCAGGUCCCUACUAUCCCCAACUUGUCAUGGGGACUACAUCAGAGACUGGGUGGCCAGAGCAGAUCCCAACUACCCCCAGCUUGUCAUGGUGUCUACAUGAGGGAGUUGGUGGCCAGAGGAGGUCCCAUGUACUUCCCACUUGUCAUGGUGACUACAUCAGAGACUGGGUGGCCAGAGCAGAUCCAAACUACCCCCAGCUUGUCAUGGUGUCUACAUGAGGGUGUGGGUGGCCAGAGGAGGUCCCAUGUACUUCCCACUUGUCAUGGGGACUACAUCAGAGACUGGGUGGCCAGAGCAGGUCCCAUGUACUUCCCACUUGUCAUGGUGACUACAUCAGAGACUGGGUGGCCAGAGCAGGCCCUACGUACUUCCCACUUGUCAUGGUGACUACAUCAGGGACUGGGUGGCCAGAGCAGGUCCCAUGUACUUCCCACUUGUCAUGGGGACUACAUCAGAGACCGGGUUUGCCAGAGCAGAUCCAAACUACCCCCAGCUUGUCAUGGUGUCUACAUGAGGGAGUGGGUGGCCAGAGCAGGUCCCAUGUACUUCCCAUUUGUCAUGGUGACUACAUCAGGGACUGGGUGGCCAGAGCAGGUCCCUACUACCCCCUACUCGUCAUGGGGACUACAUCAGAGACUGGGUGGCCAGAGCAGAUCCCACAUACUUCCCACUUGUCAUGGGGACUACAUCAGAGACUGGGUGGCCAGAGCAGAUCCAAACUACCCCCAGCUUGUCAUGGUGUCUACAUGAGGGAGUGGGUGGCCAGAGGAAGUCCCAUGUACUUCCCACUUGUCAUGGUGACUACAUCAGAGACUGGGUGGCCAGAGCAGGCCCCAUGUACUUCCCACUUGUCAUGGUGACUACAUCAGGGACUGGGUGGCCAGAGCAGGUCCCAACUACCACCGGCUUGUCAUGGUGACUACAUCAGAGACUGGGUGGCCAGAGCAGGUCCCAUGUACUUCCCACUUGUCAUGGGGACUACAUCAGGGACUGGGUGGCCAGAGGAGGUCCCACAUACUUCCCACAUGUCAUGGUGACUACAUCAGGGACUGGGUGGCCAGAGCAGGUCCCUACUAUCCCCAACUUGUCAUGGGGACUACAUCAGAGACUGGGUGGCCAGAGCAGAUCCCAACUACCCCCAGCUUGUCAUGGUGUCUACAUGAGGGAGUUGGUGGCCAGAGGAGGUCCCAUGUACUUCCCACUUGUCAUGGUGACUACAUCAGAGACUGGGUGGCCAGAGCAGGCCCUACGUACUUCCCACUUGUCAUGGUGACUACAUCAGGGACUGGGUGGCCAGAGCAGGUCCCAUGUACUUCCCACUUGUCAUGGGGACUACAUCAGAGACCGGGUUUGCCAGAGCAGAUCCAAACUACCCCCAGCUUGUCAUGGUGUCUACAUGAGGGAGUGGGUGGCCAGAGCAGGUCCCAUGUACUUCCCAUUUGUCAUGGUGACUACAUCAGGGACUGGGUGGCCAGAGCAGGUCCCUACUACCCCCUACUCGUCAUGGGGACUACAUCAGAGACUGGGUGGCCAGAGCAGAUCCCACAUACUUCCCACUUGUCAUGGUGACUACAUCAGGGACUGGGUGGCCAGAGCAGGUCCCUACUACCCCCAACUUGUCAUGGGGACUACAUCAGAGACUGGGUGGCCAGAGCAGAUCCAAACUACCCCCAGCUUGUCAUGGUGUCUACAUGAGGGAGUGGGUGGCCAGAGGGGGUCCCAUGUACUUCCCACUUGUCAUGGUGACUACAUCAGGGACUGGGUGGCCAGAGCAGGUCCCAUGUACUUCCCACUUGUCAUGGGGACUACAUCAGAGACCGGGUUUGCCAGAGCAGAUCCAAACUACCCCCAGCUUGUCAUGGUGUCUACAUGAGGGAGUGGGUGGCCAGAGGGGGUCCCAUGUACUUCCCACUUGUCAUGGUGACUACAUCAGGGACUGGGUGGCCAGAGCAGGUCCCAUGUACUUCCCACUUGUCAUGGGGACUACAUCAGAGACUGGGUGGCCAGAGCAGGCCCCACGUACUUCCCACUUGUCAUGGGGACUACAUCAGGGACUGGGUGGCCAGAGCAGGUCCCAACUACCCCCGGCUUGUCAUGGUGACUACAUCAGAGACUGGGUGGCCAGAGCAGGUCCCAUGUACUUCCCACUUGUCAUGGGGACUACAUCAGAGACUGGGUGGCCAGAGCAGGCCCAGCGUACUUCCCACUUGUCAUGGGGACUACAUCAGGGACUGGGUGGCCAGAGCAGGUCCCAACUAUCCCCGGCUUGUCAUGGUGACUACAUCAGAGACUGGGUGGCCAGAGCAGGUCCCAUGUACUUCCCACUUGUCAUGGGGACUACAUCAGGGACUGGGUGGCCAGAGGAGGUCCCACGUAGUUCCCACUUGUCUUGGUGACUAUAUCAGGGAAUGGGUGGCCAGAGCAGGUCCCUACUACCCCCAACUUGUCAUGGGGACUACAUCAUAACCUGGGUGGCCAGAGCAGAUCCCAACUACCCCCAGCUUGUCAUGGUGUCUAUAUGAGGGAGUGGGUGGCCAGAGCAGGUCCCAUGUACUUCCCACUUGUCAUGGGGACUGCAUCAGGGACUGGGUGGCCAGAGCAGGUCCCAACUACCCCCAACUUGUCAUGGUGACUACAUCAGAGACUGGGUGGCCAGAGCAGGUCCCAUGUACUUCCCACUUGUCAUGGUGACUACAUCAGAGACUGGGUGGCCAGAGCAGAUCCAAACUAUCCCCAGCUUGUCAUGGUGUCUACAUGAGGGAGUGGGUGGCCAGAGGAAGUCCCAUGUACUUCCCACUUGUAAUGGGGACUACAUCAGAGACUGGGUGGCCAGAGCAGAUCCAAACUAUCCCCAGCUUGUCAUGGUGUCUACAUGAGGGACUGGGUGGCCAGAGCAGGUCCCAACUACCCCCAACUUGUCAUGGGGACUACAUCAGAGACUGGGUGGCCAGAGCAGGUCCCAUGUACUUCCCACUUGUCAUGGUGACUACAUCAGAGACUGGGUGGCCAGAGCAGGCCCUACGUACUUCCCACUUGUCAAGGUGACUACAUCAGGGACUGGGUGGCCAGAGCAGGUCACAUGUACUUCCCACUUGUCAUGGGGAUUACAUCAGAGACCGGGUUUCCCAGAGCAGAUCCAAACUACCCCCAGCUUGUCAUGGUGUCUACAUGAGGGAGUGGGUGGCCAGAGCAGGUCCCAACUACCCCCGGCUUGUCAUGGUGACUACAGCAGAGACUGGGUGGCCAGAGCAGGUCCCAUGUACUUCCCAUUUGUCAUGGUGACUACAUCAGGGACUGGGUGGCCAGAGCAGGUCCCUACUACCCCCAACUUGUCAUGGGGACUACAUCAGAGACUGGGUGGCCAGAGCAGAUCCCACAUACUUCCCACUUGUCAUGGUGACUACAUCAGGGACUGGGUGGCCAGAGCAGGUCCCUACUACCCCCAACUUGUCAUGGGGACUACAUCAGAGACUGGGUGGCCAGAGCAGAUCCAAACUACCCCCAGCUUGUCAUGGUGUCUACAUGAGGGAGUGGGUGGCCAGAGGAGGUCCCACGUAGUUCCCACUUGUCAUGGUGACUAUAUCAGGGAAUGGGUGGCCAGAGCAGGUCCCUACUACCCCCAACUUGUCAUGGGGACUACAUCAUAACCUGGGUGGCCAGAGCAGAUCCCAACUACCCCCAGCUUGUCAUGGUGUCUAUAUGAGGGAGUGGGUGGCCAGAGCAGGUCCCAUGUACUUCCCACUUGUCAUGGUGACUGCAUCAGGGACUGGGUGGCCAGAGCAGGUCCCAACUACCCCCAACUUGUCAUGGUGACUACAUCAGAGACUGGGUGGCCAGAGCAGGUCCCAUGUACUUCCCACUUGUCAUGGUGACUACAUCAGAGACUGGGUGGCCAGAGCAGAUCCAAACUAUCCCCAGCUUGUCAUGGUGUCUACAUGAGGGAGUGGGUGGCCAGAGGAGGUCCCAUGUACUUCCCACUUGUAAUGGGGACUACAUCAGAGACUGGGUGGCCAGAGCAGAUCCAAACUAUCCCCAGCUUGUCAUGGUGUCUACAUGAGGGACUGGGUGGCCAGAGCAGGUCCCAACUACCCCCAACUUGUCAUGGUGACUACAUCAGAGACUGGGUGGCCAGAGCAGGUCCCAUGUACUUCCCACUUGUCAUGGUGACUACAUCAGAGACUGGGUGGCCAGAGCAGGCCCUACGUACUUCCCACUUGUCAAGGUGACUACAUCAGGGACUGGGUGGCCAGAGCAGGUCACAUGUACUUCCCACUUGUCAUGGGGAUUACAUCAGAGACCGGGUUUCCCAGAGCAGAUCCAAACUACCCCCAGCUUGUCAUGGUGUCUACAUGAGGGAGUGGGUGGCCAGAGCAGGUCCCAUGUACUUACCACUUGUCAUGGUGUCUACAUCAGGGACUGGGUGGCCAGAGCAGGUCCCAUGAAUUUCCCACUUGUCAUGGUGACUACAUGAGGGACUGGGUGGCCAGAGCAGGUCCCAACUACCCCCGGCUUGUCAUGGUGACUUCAUCAGAGACUGGGUGGCCAGAGCAGGUCCCAACUACCCCCGGCUUGUCAUGGGGACUACAUCAGAGACUGGGUGGCCAGAGCAGGUCCCAUGUACUUCCCACUUGUCAUGGUGACUACAUCAGAGACUGGGUGGCCAGAGCAGGUCCCAUGUACUUCCCACUUGUCAUGAUGACUACAUCAGAGACUGGGUGGCCAGAGCAGGCCCUACGUACUUCCCACUUGUCAUGGGGACUACAUCAGAGACUGGGUUUGCCAGAGCAGAUCCAAACUACCCCCAGCUUGUCAUGGUGUCUACAUGAGGGAGUGGGUGGUCAGAGCAGGUCCCAUGUACUUCCCACUUGUCAUGGGGACUACAUCAGGGACUGGGUGGCCAGAGGAGGUCCCAUGUACUUCCCACUUGUCAUGGGGACUACAUCAGAGACCGGGUUUGCCAGAGCAGGUCCCAACUACCCCCGGCUUGUCAUGGUGUGUACAUGAGGGAGUGGGUGGCCAGAGGAGGUCCCAUGUACUUCCCACUUGUCAUGGUGACUACAUCAGAGACUGGGUGGCCAGAGCAGGUCCCAACUACCCCCGGCUUGUCAUGGUGACUACAUCAGAGACUGGGUGGCCAGAGGAGGUCCCAUGUACUUCCCACUUGUCAUGGGGACUAUAUCAGGGACUGGGUGGCCAGAGGAGGUCCCACAUACUUCCCACUUGUCAUGGUGACUACAUCAGGGACUGGGUGGCCAGAGCAGAUCUCAACUACCCCUGGCUUGUCAUGGUGACUACAUCAGAGACUGGGUGGCCAGAGCAGGUCCCAACUACCCCCGGCUUGUCAUGGGGACUACAUCAGGGACUGGGUGGCCAGAGCAGGUCCCAACUACCCCCGGCUUGUCAUGGUGACUACAUCAGAGACUGGGUGGCCAGAGCAGGUCCCAACUACCCCCGGCUUGUCAUGGGGACUACAUCAGGGACUGGGUGGCCAGAGCAGAUCCCAACUAACCCCGGCUUGUCAUGGUGUCUACAUCAGGGUGUGGGUGGCCAGAGCAGGUCCUAUGUACUUCCCACUUGUCAUGGGGACUACAUCAGGGACUGGGUGGCCAGAGCAGGUCCCAUGUACUUCCCACUUGUCAUGGUGACUUCAUCAGGGACUGGGUGGCCAGAGCAGGUCCCUACUACCCCAAACUUGUCAGGGAGACUGCAUCUGGGACUGGGUGGCCAGAGGAGGUCCCUACUACCCCCAACUUGUCAUGGGAACUACAUCAGAGACUGGGUGGCCAGAGCAGAUCCCAACUACCCCCAACUUGUCAUGGUGUCUACAUGAGGUAGUGGGUGGCCAGAGCAGGUCCCAUGUACUUCCCACUUGUCAUGAGGACUGCAUCAGGGACUGGGUGGCCAGAGCAGGUCCCAACUACCCCCAACUUGUCAUGGUGACUACAUCAGAGACUGGGUGGCCAGAGCAGGUCCCAUGUACUUCCCACUUGUCAUGGUGACUACAUCAGAGACUGGGUGGCCAGAGCAGAUCCAAACUACCCCCAGCUUGUCAUGGUGUCUACAUGAGGGAAUGGGUGGCCAGAGGAGGUCCCAUGUACUUCCCACUUGUCAUGGGGACUACACCAGAGACUGGGUUUGCCAGAGCAGAUCCAAACUAACCCCAGCUUGUCAUGGUGACUACAUCAGAGACUGGGUGGCCAGAGCAGGUCCCAUGUACUUCCCACUUGUCAUGGGGACUACAUGAGGGAGUGGGUGGCCAGAGGAGGUCCCACAUACUUCCCACUUGUCAUGGUGACUGCAUCAGGGACUGGGUGGCCAGAGCAGGUCCCAUGUACUUCCCACUUGUCAUGGUGACUAUAUCAGAGACUGGGUGGCCAGAGCAGGUCCCAUGUACUUCCCACUUUUCAUGGUGUCUAUAUGAGGGACUGGGUGGCCAGAGCAGGUCCCAACUACCCCCAACUUGUCAUGGUGACUACAUCAGAGACUGGGUGGCCAGAGCAGGUCCUAUGUACUUCCCACUUGUCAUGGUGACUACAUCAGAGACUGGGUGGCCAGAGCAGGUCCUAUGUACUUCCCACUUGUCAUGGUGACUACAUCAGAGACUGGGUGGCCAGAGCAGGUCCUAUGUACUUCCCACUUGUCAUGGUGACUACAUCAGAGACUGGGUGGCCAGAGCAGGUCCUAUGUACUUCCCACUUGUCAUGGGGACUACAUCAGAGACUGGGUGGCCAGAGCAGGUCCUAUGUACUUCCCACUUGUCAUGGGGACUACAUCAGGGACUGGGUGGCCAGAGCAGGUCCCUACUACCCCCAACUUGUCAGGGAGACUGCAUCUGGGACUGGGUGGCCAGAGCAGGUCCCACAUACUUCCCACUUGUCAUGGGGACUACAUCAGGGACUGGGUGGCCAGAGCAGGUCCCAACUACCCCCAACUUGUCAUGGUGACUACAUCAGAGACUGGGUGGCCAGAGCAGGUC